ACGGCAGGUGUUUCCCCAAGAUAUUUUUAACCGUAUGGUUUUCACAGAGAGCGAAGUUUCUACAGCGUUGGGAAUGUCAGCAGAACAUAUAUAGAGUUCUUCUAGAAAUGGAAGAAGACACAAUACCAAAAGAAAACAACAAUCUGCUGUUGGGUCAUGUGACUCACGUCAUCGACCCAUCCAACUUCUGGAUCCAGAUUGGGACAAAGGAACUGUUUGAGGGCUUGAGUCAGCUGGAGGAGGAGGUGCAGGAAUUCUGUGAGGGGGUGGGGACGGUGGACCCCGAUGAUGCCUGCUGGAUGGAGGAUGGCUGCUAUGUUGUGGCCAAGUCCAGCCUCGGCAGCGACAGACCGUGGAGGAGAGCCCAGAUAGCCAGACACAACAUUGAGAAGGGGUCUGUGGACGUGUUCUACCUGGACUAUGGCACCACAGAGAUUGUGUCAUUGGAUCAGAUAUGUGUAGCUGUUCCGGCGUUCUUUUUUGCUGUUGAUCACCAGACAUGGAAGUGUGGUCUCGCUGGAAUCAGACCUAUUGCAAAGACUUGGACAACUCGUGGCGUGAAAUGUUUCCAGAAGCUGGUUGAGGGCGAAGAGACUCUCCAGGUGUCCAUUGUGUCUUAUGGAGCUUCUUUCAUGUGCCACAAGAUAGCCCUAUACACAGGUGAGGGAGGAGAUGGCCGCUCCCUGGCCCACCUGAUGCUGGACGAGGAAGUGGGGAUGCCAUGUAACCUUGACGAUGUUGCUGAGUACGCCCAUGCCGUGGUGCAAGUGUUCCCCCAAUGUCCCGCGGAGGAGAUACAGCAAGAUAGUUCCGAGGACAGACAUCGGGACGAGGUUGAAGAUCUGCCGAGCUAUGAAUCUAGUCCUGCCUCACAGUCAAGUCAUGAUGAGCAGGCUGUGUCAGGAGAUAGUUCUGGCAGAAGUGUGUGUGAGCCGUCCGAGGCCUUAACAGACCCAACGUCUCCCCAGUCUCCAGCAGUGACUAUCCCUGGCUUCAACCUCAACACCAUCUUUAAGACCAAGAUGGCAUCUGCGGACAUCAUCACGCAGAAGAAGGAGGACGAGAGGAAGAAGACUGUCACGUCCGAGAUGGAGAAGGAUCUGAAGAUGGUGCAGCAGGAUAUGGAAGGAGCAACAGUGGAAACGGAGGAAGUGACAGAGUGGGGUGCUUCUGACUACGACAUCGGGAAGCAGGUGUACAAGCAUCAGCCGGAUGUGUUUGCCCAGAAGGUGGCAGUCAUUAGAGCAGCUACAGGAGACGAGAACUGGACACCCAGCAUGACAGAGGGCCAUGGCCCCCAGAAGCCAAUCCUGCAGGAAAUAAAGGCAGAGGCAGUGAAAGCAGCCAUUCCUAAAACCAGCCAGGAACUAGCACAGAUAAUGGCGCCAAGUACCAGCCUACAACAGCAGCGGGUCGGGAACUCCCCAACACCCGGUGAGAGACUGGAGUCACAGUUGUCUCAACAACUCUCCAAGAUUCUAGAUGAAGGAGACAUAGAAGACCCAGGAACCUUGUGUGAUCAGUUCAACCAGGUGGUGCUGCCAGGGAGUUUGAAGGAACCGUGGGGACUGUCUGUGGCUAUUGAAGUUCUGUUGGAGACGGCUGUGACUCUCAAGGGCUCUCAUGUAGUCACCGUGCUCAAUGUCCUUGAUACGUAUGUAGAUUCAGCCAAUUUUGACGUAAGAAUGGAAACCAUUUUACGACAGCUUGAGAGCAGAUUUGUCAAGCCUCCAUUUGGAAAGGCAAGAACCUAUCACAAAGAGUUUGGCCAGGUUCUGGGGCAGCUCCUCAUAUUGUCCCGACUGUGGAAUACGCACACCGCUGACAUGGUCCAGGAUUUUGUCCUCAACAUCGUAGAAAAAUGGGCCAUCUACAACCGAAAUGGGUAUCACGUGGGCCUGCAGUAUGAGAAGAUCCAGCAGAUGUACACGGACUGCCUGGAGGGGUUGUGGCUGGUGGCAGCUGACAUCAUCACCGACAUUGAUCCGUCCACCUUCACACGGGUACACGACUGGCUGCAGGAGAAGGUCUUAGCUCAGACACAUCCAAGGGAGAUUCGAGAGCAGGUGCUGAAGCUGUUGCUGAAGCUGAGCCCAGUGAAAGUAUUUGAUGCAGAGCAGAUUCGCCCCAAAACAGUCAGUGCCGAGGUCCAGACAGAAGCCUCCUCCUUCGCUGUUCCUGACCCCAACUCAACAGCACAGUCCCACAUGGAGGAUAGCUCCCUGUUCAGUCACUUUGAUACCGAGAUAGAGGACAUCUCUCCCGUGGCUGGUGAUAGUCGGGGCAGAGACGAGGUCAGCCUGGGGUAUCAUCCAUCUCCCGCCACCUCGCUGCAGCCUCCAGACCAGACAGUGACCAGUCCUGCAGCUCCUUCAGCUCCUGCAGGGGAAUACAGCUCCUGGGCUGACUGUGUCAGCUCAGGGAAACACAAAAACUACAUCCGUGGUCCCACAGACAGAGGUCUCAAAGCGUUAGCCCUCCAGACAUUGAGUGGAGAGAAAUAUGUUUUCUCUGGAAAAUUUGUUCAAGAUUUGCCACCGAGGUUUAAGAAGCAUCUGAAUUCACAGCAACAUGUUACAGAGGAGAAGCCGGAUAGUGCUCACUUCUAUCGCAAAGGGGAAAAGAACAGUGUGGCACCUGGCUUGGACUAUCAGACUCCAAAACAGGCUGACAGUGGGGAUGAAGUGAAGGAGAUUGGAGGGGAUGAGGUGCAUGCUAGUACGUCUAUGUUUACCAAGCGUGGGUUGGGCGAGUUCCCUUCAGUAAAGGACAUCCUCAACAGCAGCUAUGGACAGAAUGAAGUGGAGAGUGAUACUGGGAGUGAGACUCAUACAAGAUCACUCACUCCUGUAGACACUGGAAAACACUCCCCAAAUGAAGGUCGGUCAAGGUCAGCAAAGUCAAAAAGAACUACCCCUCCAACGUCACAUUCCCCAGAUCACAGGUUAGCUUUAAAUGUUAAUGCUAAAGAGUGGGUGCCAGUCACAUCACCAGUGGGCCAACACUCUAGGGUGUCUUCAGGGGCAUCGCCAGUAGGUCAACACUCUAGAACGCACUUAGGGAGGUCACCCGUAGGUCGGGCCUCUCGGAUGCUCGUAAUGACGUCACCUGUAGGUCAACCCUCUAGGACACACUUAAUGACGUCACCUGUAAGUCAAGCCUCUGGGACACACUUAAUGACGUCACCCGUAGGUCAUGGCUCAAGGAGUCCUUUACAUAUGUCACCAGGACACAGUUCCUCCCGAAGGGAUGUAGGACUCAACUUAAGUUCAUCAAGUUCGGAAGACUUGAGUGGUGCAUGGAAAUCAGGUUCACGAAAAUCUGGUCACAACUCAUCUUCUUCUUCCAUCAAGUCCAUCGUGGAGGACAUCUUUGGAAGUGGAGACUUCACCGUUCAGUCAGAGCAGGGCCAGGUGGCCGAGUCAUCUGAAAUAGAGAAGCUGGUGGUUGCAGACAGCAACACUGAGACCGACAGAGCCAACACCAGCUUCAGUGUGUCCGAGAUCACCAGUGAGGUCGAUGAUGAACAGUCCACUGUGACUGAUUCCAAUGAUACAGAAUUUCGGGGUAACCCAAAAUGUCUAAUCCAACCGGAGUACACCAGCCAGUAUGGCUUUGAGGACGAUGUGGAUGAGGAUGAUUACGAAGGAUUUGUAUUGUCUGGGGAAGGUGACAUUCCUGUGAAAGACAGUGGUGAGAAGGACAGUAGCUUCUCGUCAUGUGUUGACUCUGGAGUGGUGGAAGAGAUGGACUAUAUGAAGCCAUUGCAUCAGAGCCACGAACAGCCUCGACAACCUCGGUACAGAUGGGUUCCUGGGAAGCGCAGCUGCACGCUCUGUGGUUCAACAGAACAUACUGUGUACAGCUGCAAGAAGAAGACAAGCAUCAUCAUCUGAAGUUUCUAUCCAGAUGGAAUAAGCAGAAUUGUGAUAGAAUGUGCCACAAAAGCAGGGCAACACAAGAAAGUUCAGUUCAAUUUCCUCCAAAUCAAAAUCAUGUGUUUUACAGGCAAAACGUUCCAAAUGAACAUUUUAAGAUGAUGAAAACCAUUGAGAUUUAAUUGCCAGGACAGAAACUUGAUCUGGAUUGAUGGAUUUAGUAUUGGAAACUUGAUACUGUUUUUGUUCCUCGCAAGCAGAUGUCCAAUUUGACGUAAGCUUGGUUGUCACAUCAGUUGUUGGACUGCUGUAUGUUGUGUGUCUGAGGUGUCCAUUAAAUGCACAGUCAGCAAAUAUUGUGUACAUCUUUAAAGAUAUGGUGAACUGGAUUUAAUGGCAAAAAGUAUGGAAACAAUUAUUUUUUUAAGUCCAUCUCCCAGGUGUGACUUGUUUUGAGGGCAGCCAAUCCUUGAGUGCCAUAAAAUAUGAGCUCUCAAAAUUUUGUAAUUUGGACAUGUUUAUAGACUAAUAUAUUUAUGUAUGUAAAUAUGGCAAAAUUGUGUUAUUAGCAUGCUGGGCUAAAGUGUGUCUGAAUUCUUCUAGUGUCUUGGCCAAAGCCUAUGAUGUGGGCUGACGAUAAUG